AUGGAGGUAAGUAGAAGUAUAAAAAAGCAAGAUCAGGUAAAGAAUGUUGAUGAAAUAUGUCUUUAUCUUGAUGCUCGAUAUGUUUUAGUGUCUGAAGCUUUUUGGAGGUUGUUUCACUAUCGAUUGCAUGAUAGAAGUUCAGGUAUAAUACAACUCCAAGUUUACCUUCCUGGAGAGUAUAUGAUAACAUUUUGGGAUGAUGAGCAUUUAGAAGUUGUUAUUGAAUGCUCAAAUUCAGGAAAGACCAUGCUUAUAAUGUGGUUUGAGGCAAAUGCAAACCUUCGCACUGUGGAUGGAGUCAUAUAUAACUCUUUCAAGGAAGCUUGCAUUGCCUUAGGUCUAUUACAAGAUGACAAAGAAUUGGAUGAAUGCUUAGCAGAAGCUGUGCAAAUGCAAUCAGGAGCACAAUUACGUUAUUUAUUUGCCACCCUUCUUUUGUUCUGUAGAUCAUCAAAACCUGAGUUACUUUGGAAAAAACAUGUUCUUGUAUUUAGUAAUGAUAUUCAAUGUCAGGUUCAUAGUAAUACUGAAAAUAUGUCUUUUGACUUAGUUGAAGCUGAUAAAUAUAAUUGA